AUGGUCAACGACGCCGAGAAGUACAAGGCCGAGGAUGAGGCCGCGGCCGCCCGCAUCACCGCCAAGAACGGCCUCGAGUCGUACGCCUACAACCUCCGCAACUCGCUCCAGGACGAGAAGCUCGCGAGUAAGUUCGACCCCGUGGAUAAGUGCAAGCUCGCCUCGACCAUCAACGACACGAUCUCGUGGCUCGACGCGUCGCAAGAGGUCUUGAAGGAGGAGUACGAGGAGAGGCGGAAGAAGUCGGAGAGCAUUGCCAACCCCAUCCUGCAGAAGCUCUACGGCGCGGCCGGCGGCGCACCAAGCGGCGCGGCCAAGAAUGGCCCGUCGGUCAAGGAGGUCGACUAA